AUGGAGGGCAAGGAAGAAGAUGUUAGGCUUGGAGCUAACAAGUUCACAGAGAGGCAGCCUAUUGGGACAUCAGCUCAGACAGACAAGGACUACAAGGAGCCUCCACCAGCUCCAUUGUUUGAGCCUGGUGAGCUCACUUCAUGGUCUUUUUACAGAGCUGGAAUUGCUGAGUUCAUUGCCACCUUCUUGUUCCUCUACAUCACCAUCUUGACUGUGAUGGGUGUGAACAGGGCUCCUAAUAAGUGUGCCUCUGUUGGCAUCCAAGGAAUUGCUUGGGCUUUUGGUGGUGCCAUCUUUGCCCUUGUCUACUCCACUGCUGGUAUCUCAGGUGGACACAUCAACCCAGCUGUGACCUUUGGUCUCUUCCUGGCAAGGAAACUCUCCCUUACAAGAGCUGUUUUCUACAUAGUCAUGCAGACCCUCGGUGCUAUUGCUGGUGCUGGUGUUGUGAAGGGCUUCGAAAAGAAACAAUAUGAGCUUUUGGGAGGUGGAGCCAAUGUUGUUAACCAUGGGUACACCAAGGGUGAUGGCCUUGGGGCUGAGAUUGUUGGUACUUUUGUCCUUGUUUACACUGUCUUCUCUGCCACUGAUGCCAAGAGGAAUGCCAGAGACUCUCAUGUCCCUAUUUUGGCUCCUCUUCCCAUUGGGUUUGCAGUUUUCUUGGUUCACUUGGCCACCAUCCCCAUCACCGGAACUGGCAUCAACCCUGCCAGGAGUCUUGGAGCUGCCAUUAUCUUCAACAAGGACCGCGCUUGGGAUGACCAAUGGAUCUUCUGGGUGGGGCCAUUCAUUGGUGCUGCGCUUGCUGCUAUCUACCACCAGAUAGUCAUCAGGGCCAUUCCUUUCAAGUCCAGGGGCUAA